GGCGGCUGGGAGAGGCGGAGCCGCAAGAGCGCGGCCCGGGCCGGCCCCGCGGGGCGGUCGCGGCCGUGACGGCGGCUCCGGGCCCGGCUCCCCUUCCGCACCCCUCCCGCCGGAGAUGAGGGGAAGAUGUCCGUGUCGGGGCUCAAGGCCGAGCUGAAGUUCCUGGCGUCCAUCUUCGACAGGAGCCACGAGCGAUUCCGCAUCGUCAGUUGGAAGCUGGACGAGCUGCACUGCCAGUUCCUGGUGCCGCGCCCCGCGCCUCCCGGGGACCCGCGCUCACCGCCGCCGCCGCCGCUCACGCUUCACUGCAACAUCACGGAAUCUUACCCGUCUUCUUCACCAAUAUGGUUUGUGGACUCUGAUGACCCAAAUCUGACAUCAGUUUUGGAGCGCCUGGAAGAUACUAAGGACAGCAAUUCGCUUCGUCAGCAAUUGAAGUGGUUGAUAUGUGAACUCUGCAGAUUAUAUAACCUUCCUAAGCACCUGGAUGUUGAGAUGCUAGAUCAGCCACUACCCACGGGUCAGAAUGGGACAACAGAAGAAGUGACCUCAGAAGAGGAGGAAGAGGAAGAGAUGACUGAAGAUAUAGAGGACUUGGAUCACUACGAGAUGAAGGAAGAAGAGCCUAUUAGUGGAAAAAAGUCAGAGGAUGAAGGAAUUGAAAAAGAAAAUUUGGCAAUAUUAGAGAAAAUUAGGAAGACUCAAAGGCAAGACCAUCUAAAUGGUGCAGUGUCUGGGUCUUUGCAAGCUUCGGAUAGACUUAUGAAAGAGCUCAGGGACAUAUACAGAUCACAAAGUUAUAAAACAGGGAUUUAUUCAGUGGAACUCAUAAAUGACAGUUUAUAUGACUGGCAUGUUAAACUGCAGAAGGUUGAUCCUGAUAGUCCUUUGCACAGUGAUCUUCAGAUCUUAAAAGAAAAAGAAGGCAUAGAAUAUAUUUUGCUUAACUUCUCAUUUAAGGAUAACUUUCCAUUUGAUCCUCCAUUUGUUCGAGUGGUAUUACCUGUUCUCUCAGGAGGGUACGUGUUGGGUGGUGGAGCAUUAUGUAUGGAACUUCUCACGAAACAGGGCUGGAGUAGUGCCUAUUCAAUAGAAUCUGUCAUCAUGCAAAUCAAUGCCACCUUAGUCAAAGGCAAAGCCAGAGUGCAGUUUGGAGCAAAUAAGAAUCAAUAUAAUCUAGCAAGAGCCCAGCAAUCCUAUAAUUCCAUUGUACAGAUACAUGAGAAAAAUGGCUGGUACACCCCUCCAAAGGAAGAUGGCUAAAUGUGUUGACUGUUGUAUGUUUGGACCAAUGUUGCUUUAAAGAACAUCUUUCCAACAUGCAGACACAAGCUUUGAGUGCCCCUAUAACAGCAGUACCGAAGACAUUAGUCAAUAGAUAUUUUAGUGGAUAAUCUGUCAACUGACAUACAGUAUAAGUCACAGGCUUUUCAUUUUGCUCAUUUUAGAUAUCUUGACUAAGCAGUGGGGCCUUUUCUUAUUUUUCCUAAUAAAUACACAUAUUGGCCACUCCUUAUCAAUCAACUCUUUUUCUUAAAAGGUGAAAUCUUUUAAGCAAGCAAGUCAGCAUCAGGUAAUAGAAGUUGCAGUAUUAGGGUAAUGUUCCCACCUUGAGCUUGUCUGUUAUGAGUACUUGCAAUAUAUUGCUCCAUUUAGAGCCAAUCAAAGUUUAAUUGAUUUUUAAUAAUUGGUUUAGAAAACUUGAGGUCUUCUAAAUCACAGUAGCUUUUCCAGUUUAAAACCAUUUUAUGGUAUUGCCAAAAUAAUGACAGGAAACCUACUCAUUAAAUUGUUAAAAAUUUUUUAUGGCUCUGUGAGAAUAUGAACUGUUCUUGAUGAUAUACUCUUAACCGAAAUAUAUUGUACUUUUUAGGCAAAGUGAAGCAAGGCUGUGCCAAAUUAAGGCUUGUAAGUAGUAAUUUCCACCGGGGCACCAGAGUCUUGCUGGGCUGAAUCUGCUGCUUGUUGGUUCAAUAUUUCUUAUGAAGAAGAGAUGCAGAAUAGAGCUUUUAGUUAUUUAAAAUACUAUGUCAUUUUAUGUUUCCAUUUUAUUAACAGGGCUGUUGCAAUCAUUUGUAAAUUAAUAAAACUUAUAAGGUGAUUGGCAAAAGACUUCUUGAGCAAAAGCUGCAAAAGAUAAAUACAAAAAGAUAUAAUUUGGAGAUUUAAAAUUUUAUGCUAUAGUCGUAACAGUGACUUUUACAUUGAAAGACUAAUAGGAACUCUACAUACGUUAUUUGUUUAUAAAACCUGACUCAAAUCAGUGUACUCUCCAUUUUUAUUGCCUUACCUGAAUCAGUCUUGUUUGGUUGGUAAUAGAUUUUUAUAUACCCAAGUUUGAUUUAAAAGUAAAUUCUAGUAAAUAAGCACUUUAAAAAUGAAAUCCAGAAGCACAUUUUUCUGCACAAACCAGUUACAAAGUUCAAAAAUGUUUCUUAUACAUUUGCUUUAAGAUUCAUUUUUAACUUUGUAAGCCACAUCAGAGAGAUAUGGCACUUCUGCAUUAUUUUGUGUGUUUAAUUCCUUUUUAUUGUAUUUUGGCUAAAAGGACAGUAGAAAAAGAUUUUCUGGCAUCCUUGUUCACAUGGUUACAUUUGUAUAAAGUUCUAAUUGCCAUUUGCUCAGAUAACAAGUGACAUGGCAGAAUUCUUUAAAGCAUUAAAGUUCCUUAAACUUAAGGCUAAAUCUUGGAUACAUUAUUGAAUUCUUCAAUAUCCUUAUGGCUAGCAAACUGAUAGCUGCACAUUUGCCAUGCUUUGUUUUUUUUGGAUUUUAUUUUUCAUUGCAGAUUUAUUUGGCAAUGUACAGUAUAUUUUGUAAACUUGCAUCAAGUUUAUGAAUAAAGAACCAUUUAAAAAUA